GAAUAGCGGUGUCUGAUAUUGUAAGUCUAUGAGUAUAUCUAUCAUAAGUACAAGAGGACAUGUUAGGAUUCACGAACCAUUUUUAUUGUAGCGCAUGAGAAAGUUGAGCUUAAUUUUCAGGGCUUCAGAUUCAUUUCAUCUCUCAUCUCAUGUCUCAUGGCACAUCAACAGUAGGCGUAGGCACAGAUAUAUUAUGAGAUACGCGGUACAGUACAGUGACGUAUUAUAAGGCUGGGCAUUCACUAAAACCAAGCUUCAAUUUGGAAAAACUAACCUUGAUUGCCCCGCGAUUCAGCCCCUCAUUCGAUUUUAAGAAGGGACUGGAAACAUUUACUAAACACCCAAAUCGUGUUGUAUUUUGCCAGGACUAAGGAUACUGAGACUUCUUUCUUCUACAGCAAGUCAUUACUUACCACGUCGACCGUCUAUUUACGUGCAGGCUCACGAUAUCUACACUGGCGUCAUAGUACGCUAAGUACCUGACUAGAUAGCGACCUUCAAUAUGGCUACUCAAGCUCCCGCAGAUGGCGGAUCUAAUCCCUCGAAGUUGAAGGAGAAGAUGAAGAAUCCUUUGGCUAGUUUGCGAGAAAAGUUACAUGAUACCAAACUUCAUGAUGUGAAGGUUGGUUUAAUACAGAAGAAGUAGGUUGAAGAAUGGGCGUCUAAAAUUUACUUUAUUGACCACCAGGCAGGCAUCAAAUUGGCAAAUUAGGAAAUCUAGUAAGUUCGCUCAUACUCUAGAUAACCUUCCAAAUACAUGUUAACCUUCAUCUAGUUUAAUCCAAAUCAUCGUCAUGACGAAGAACAUGAGAAGAUCACAGAUGAGAAGAGAUCAAAGGUUGCUGAGUCUCAUCGCUUCGAAUCAUUUGCGCCGGAAAGACCGGGAAAUAAUAUAAAGUGGUAUGUGGAUGGGAGGGAUUACUUUUGGGCUGUAUCGAUUGCGCUUGAAGCUGCGAAGGAAACUAUAUAUAUCGCCGACUGGUGGUUAUCGCCAGAACUUUUCAUGCGAAGGCCUCCAUAUUAUAAUCAACAAUGGCGUUUGGAUCAAAUCCUUAAGCGUCGGGCGGAAGCUGGUGUUAAGAUUUUCGUUAUUGUUUAUCGAGAAGUUGAGGUAUGUUUUGCGAACGGAAUUCUUGAGGUCUUAGUUAUUGACUCCUUCCUUAGGCUGCUCUUACUUGCAAUUCUGAACACACGAAACAUGCUCUUCAAGCUUUAUGCCCUGAAGGAACUCCAGGAUAUGGAAAUAUUCAAAUUAUGCGUCAUCCCGAUCAUAAUGUUUUCGAGAAUGCUGCAGAUAUGACAUUCUAUUGGGCCCAUCACGAAAAGUUUAUUGUAAUUGAUUACAAUUUGGCAUUUAUUGGUGGUUUAGAUUUAUGCUUCGGAAGAUGGGAUAACCAUCAACAUCCUCUCGCUGAUGUACAUCCAGAGGGGGUUUCGACUGAAGUUUGGCCGGGACAGGAUUUCAACAAUAACCGGGUUAUGGAUUUUCAAGAUGUGAAAGAUUGGAAAGCCAACGAAUUAUCAAAAGCUGAAUAUGGACGUAUGCCAUGGCAUGAUGUUGCUAUGGGUGUCGUUGGAGAUUGUGUUUAUGAUAUCGCGGAACAUUUCGUCUUGAGGUGGAAUUUUGUCAAAAGAGACAAAUAUAAACGUGAUGAACGAUUCGAUUGGUUGAUUCUUGAGGGUAGGGAUGGUGAGGAUGAAGAUUUGAUUGGAGUACAAAGACCAAAACAUCCCGUUGGAGAAUACAUCGUUCACCCACUUACACCAUUAAAUACGAAGUCAUUAGGAGAGCAAGGAACUGUUCAUGCUCAAGUCGUUCGAAGUAGUGCCGAUUGGUCCAGUGGUAUUCUUGUGGAACACAGCAUUCAGAAUGCUUACAGUGAACUCAUUAGAAACGCCCAACAUUACGUUUAUAUCGAGAAUCAAUUCUUUAUCACUGCGACUGGUGAUCAACAAGCUCCAAUUAGAAAUACUAUUGGAAGAGCAAUUGUUGAUGCUGUUGUCAAAGCUGGAAAAGAGGGUAGAAAAUUCCGAGUCAUCAUUUUGAUUCCUUCCAUUCCAGGUUUUGCAGGUGAUCUUAGAAAUGAGGCAGCGACAGGAACGAGAGCUAUUAUGGAUUAUCAAUAUAAAUCUAUCUGUCGAGGUGAACAUUCGAUAUUUGAGCAAGUUAGGAAGGAAGGUGUCGAUCCUGAAGAACAUAUCUUUUUCUUUAACUUACGAUCUUAUGAUCGUUUAAAUGUUACUCCAGCAAUUAAGAAACAAGAGGAAGAAUCUGGGGUCAAAUAUCAAGAUGUGCAAAGAGCAGAGGCAGAGGAAAUUAUGGACUCGGGUAUUCAUGGAAAGGGUGUUGAAAGGGUUGAAAAGCAUGAUGAGUUGAAAGAUAGAGCUAAAAAUGCUUUACAUCAUGAUGACUCUGGAGAUGAAAGUCUAGAGAGAAGAACUGAUGCGAAGAGAAAAUUCGAAGCCAAGGCAGAAGCAGCCGGUACGGAUCAAAAACCAACGAGUACUGACAGUGUGGCUAAAAAUGCUAUGCAUAUGCAAGGGAACUUGGUUGAUGAGCCAUGGGAGGGUGAUCUUGAAGGAGAAGCCGAUAAUUGGAUUCAAGAAGAACUUUAUAUUCAUGGUAAAGUUCUAAUCGUUGAUGACAGAACAGUUAUUUGCGGAAGUUCUAACCUUAACGAUCGUUCACAACUUGGUAUUCAUGAUAGUGAACUAUCAAUUGUCAUGACAGAUACAAGAACUAUUCCAAGUACAAUGAAUGGACAACCAUACGAAGCAGGUUAUCAUGCAGCUACUUUGAGGAGGUAUCUCUGGCGUGAACAUUUAGGAUUGUUGUUACCGCAAGAUUUAGAUGCGGAUAAUGAUCCUAAUGCUCAACCUCCUAAUGUUCCAAAUGAUAUUCAUGAAGGAGAAACAUAUCAAUUUGUGGAAGAUCCAUUAAGUGAUGAUGUUUGGGAAAUGUGGACUAGUAGGGCUACGAAGAAUUCUCAAAUGUUUAGACAAUUAUUUCAUGCCGAUCCGGAUAAUUUUGGUAAGGUUUUGUUUCUUGGUCACUCUAAUCAACUUGUUUUCUUCCUUUCUCUCUUUUCUCCUUUCUCUCUUUUCUUCUUCUCUCGUUUCCCACCCACAUCUUAUUCUGUCAUCUGACUACCUUACUAACACCAAAUAGUCAAAACCUUCGACGACUAUGAUAAAUUCCUUCCACCAAAGGGAAUUCGCUCAGGUCACAUUUAUGAUCGUAUGAUUCCUCCACAGGAAAUUAGAGAGAAGUUGGAUCAGAUUAAGGGACAUCUUGUUUGGAUGCCUUUGGAUUUUUUGAAGGAUGCACCGAUGGCGGAGACGGGUUUGCAGGUUAAUAGUUGGACGGAGAGUAUUUAUACUUGAGUGGAUUGGUGAAGGUAUGGGGAAUGGGAGAAGAUGGGAGAGGAUGGGAG